AUGGGCAUUUUCACUCGGAAACCCGACCUCAAGCUCAGUAAUCGAAUAGAUACAGUCACCGUUCCACCCAAAGUUCGGGACUUCACGACAAUCACCCCUGUUGCACAUACCCUUACUCCGUCAGAGCUCCUCGAGGACCUUGGGGUGUCGGAGCAUGAUGGACUUACGAAGAACGAGGCAGCUAGUCGCCUACAAACUUGUGGAGAGAACCUCCUCCAGGGAAAGGAAGGCGUCUCAGCAUGGCGGGUAUUAGUAGGGCAGCUUUCGAAUGCCCUUACAUUGGUUUUGAUCGCAGCUUUGGCCCUCAGUUUUGGUGUCGAGGAUUUUAUCGAAGGGGCUGUUAUUGCAGCGGUUAUCGUUCUCAAUACAACGCAAGUUAUUUGUUUGCACUUCUCCGAAUACCGCGCGGAGAAAACUAUGGACUCUUUAAGGCAGCUUUCAUCACCUACAGCUCUCGUCAUUCGUAAUGGAGAGAGUAUUCCCAUUCCCGCCAAGAACGUCGUACCAGGCAUUCCAGGCGACCUUGUACUAAUCAAAGCUGGCGAUGUUGUCCCUGCCGAUUUGCGGCUUAUCUCAGUCUCCAAUCUCGAACUUUCAGAGCAACUUUUGACAGGGGAAUCAUUACCAGUUUCGAAGAAUAUAGACACCUUCAGUGAAAACCAAUUAGAUAUUCCGAUCGGUGAUCGCCUAAAUCUAUGUUAUGCCUCUACGGUUGUAACCAAAGGACGGGGAACUGGAAUUACAGUAGGAACUGCUAUGAAUACCCAGAUUGGCCGCAUUGCUAAUGCAAUUAGCGGCAAAACAGAUGCUUCUGGAGAAGCCAUCAAAGAUGACAGACCUUGGUAUAAGCGAGUGUCUAACAAGGUGCUCGAAUUCUUGGGCCUUCGAUCGGGAACCCCUCUACAGAUUAAGCUAGCAAAGCUGGCAUUUGUCCUUCUCUUCUGUGCCAUCAUCCUGGCUAUUAUCGUCUUUUCUGUCGCGCGUUGGAAGGUUACAAACGAAGUCGCUCUUUACGGCAUUGCGGUGGCCAUUGCCAUCAUACCUGAAUCACUCAUCGCGGUGUUGACGCUUACGAUGGCGGUGGGCACAAAACGCAUGGCGAACGAGAAUGUUAUUGUACGGAAGCUUGACGCACUGGAAAAUUUGGGAGGAGUAACGGAUAUUUGCAGUGACAAGACAGGAACACUAACUCUAGGAAAAAUGUCUGUACGCAAAUUUUGGUUGGCAGGCGAUCCACAGAAAGCUGUCGAAUAUGUAGCGGAUGUUACGCAGAAUGCGUUAGAACCCGUUGGAAAUGUUCUCCGAGAAGAUAAUGGAUCAGUGCUUGAUACAGCUUUCUUGGGCGAUAGCUUAUCCGAGGCUCUUCGAAUCGCAUCUUUGUGCAAUGUUGCAACAAUCCAUAAGAAUCUAAAGGGAGAAUGGAAAUCCACUGGCGAUCCUACGGAAGUCGCGCUUCAAGUUUUCGCAACUAAACUCAAACUUGGAAGGCCGGGUCUAGUAACCGGUUUGACUGAACCUAAGGAGAAGGUAACACGAUUCGCCAUGGGAAAAGUUAUCGAGAAUGGCGAGAAACAACCUCAUUUCGACGAAAAACAACCGCAACAUCUUCCAAAGCGAUUCGAACUCAAAGCUGAAUUCCCAUUCUCCAGUGACUUGAAACGAAUGUCCAUGAUCUAUUUAGAUCAAGAACUGGAUGGACAGGCCCUCGUCGUUAUUAAGGGAGCGUCGGAACGCGUGUUGGCAGCAUCAACUCACUAUGUCCCUUCUCCCGAAUCAUCACCGGAAACUGCUCCUCUGUCGGAAGAGAUCAGAAAUACUUUUCUGGUCAAAGCUGAGGAACUGGCAUCUCAAGGUCUCCGCGUCAUUGGCUUGGCAUCAAGGAUUAUACCUGCUACUGGAAUUGAAACUCUCACCCGAGAAGAGGUUGAACGGGAUUUUGUAUUCCGCGGGCUUGCAGGUAUCUUCGAUCCACCUCGGCCAGAGACGCUUGGUGCUGUUCGAGCGUGUAAACAGGCGGGCAUCGUGGUACACAUGUUAACCGGUGACCAUGUCACAACUGCGAAGGCAAUUGCUGAGGCUGUCGAAAUCAUCUCGCCAGAUGCGCCUCCUAGUGCCGUUAUGACGGCGACUGAAUUCGAUAGGCUGACGGAUAAAGAAAUCGAUGCACUCCCAGAACUACCCCUAGUUAUUGCUCGCUGUGCUCCCGAGACCAAAGUUCGUAUGAUUCAUGCUGGGAAACGUCGAGGCAAGCAUCUAUCGAUGUCCGGUGAUGGCGUCAACGACUCUCCUGCUUUGAAAUUGGCUCCCGUUGGCAUUGCGAUGGGCAUGGCUGGCUCUGAUGUGGCGAAAGACGCUUCAGAUCUCGUUUUGACAGAUGACAACUUCAAUUCCAUCGUAGUCGCAAUAACCGAAGGUCGCCGCUUGUUUACGAAUAUUCAAAGGUUUAUCGUACAUCUUCUGACCACCAACGUGGCAGAAGUAGCUCUUUUGAUUAUUGGACUUUGUUUCCAGGAUGAAGGCCAAAAUAGUGUUUUCCCUCUGAGUCCCAUCGGUGUGUUGUGGGUUAACAUGCUUACCAGCUCUCCUCCUGCAUUUGGUCUCGGUUUGGAGGCAGCUGAUAGAAAUUUGAUGAGAAGACCGCCUCACUCGCUCAAGGAUGGUAUUUUCACUUGGCCAGUUAUCUUGGACUGUCUGGCAUACGGCAUUAUCAUGGGUGGAAUUUCUCUUGCUAGCUUUGUCAUUGUUAUCUAUGGCAAGGGAAAUGGAGACCUUGGGCAUGAUUGUAACCACGAAGUCAGUGAAUUGUGUCGAAACGUGUUCAGGGCCCGGUCAACGACAUUUGCCACGUUGAUUUUUGCGAUAUCGAUCUACGGAUUGGAGCUAAAAUCAUUCGAUCGCUCUUUAUUCUCAUUAACCCCUGGUCGCCACUUCAUGAAAGAUCUUUUGGCUAACCCUGUCUUAUUAUGGUCAUGUCUUGGUGGUAUGAUUAGCGUGGUUCUUCCCAUCUACAUCCCCGGCUUGAACACCCGUGUAUUCUAUCAAAGUGGGAUAGGCUGGGAAUGGGGAGUGGUCGCGGGGAUGUCUGUCGUCUUCUUGAUAUGGUGUGAAAUCUGGAAGGUGCUCAGGAAGCCCCUUUACCGACGAUGGACACCAUCUCUCGUUGAAAAUCUCGUACACGAUGAACAUGAUAGCAACGAAAAGCCACGCCGAGACGUUUAA